GAAAUGAAAAACCACCUGUUGCUCACCCAUGAUAAACUUGAUGUUGGUGCUAUCAAUGAUUUGGUAACUGCCGGCAGCUGUGGAGCCAUAUCCCUAUUUGUUGGUACAACUCGUGAUAAUUUUGAAGAUAAAACUGUGGUAUCCUUAGAAUAUGAAGCCUACGAACCAAUGGCCAUUAAAGAAAUGGAAAGUAUAUGUCAACAACUUCGCCAAAAUUGGCCAGAUAUUGUCAAUAUUGCCAUAUAUCAUCGUUUGGGUCUGGUUCCGGUGUGUGAAGCAAGUGUUGUUAUUGCCGUUUCCUCACCACAUCGUAAAACUGCCCUGGAUGCUGUGGCCUUAGCCAUUGAGGAGCUUAAGAAACGUGUACCAAUUUGGAAGAAGGAAAAAUACGAAGGCGAUGAAGGUGCAUGGAAGGAGAACAAAGAAUGUCAGUGGUUGAGCAAGGAAAAAAUAACAAUAAAUACCGGCAAUAUUAUUAACAUCGGUAGAAAAAAUAAUUUGCAAUCGCCAUUUCAUUCACAUUUACAUUCUUCACAUCGAUUGCCAAAGACGUCGACAAGAGCACAGCCUUGGUGGUCGCCAUCAUCGUCGUUGUCCUCCACAUCACAAUCAUCGUCAGCAUUAACCCCAUCGCGGUCGUCGUCAUCGUCACCAACAGUUGUAUCUUCAGUGACCAAGCAGCACAUUAAUUCAGCCAGCAUUAGCAGCAUCAACGAUAGCGGCAGCAGCAGCAGUGGCAUUGGCGGUAGCAGUCGAGCUAGCAGCAGUACCGACAACAACAAAAUGCCCAAAUGCGAUGUUAAAACACGUUACAUUCCUGCGACUUUCGCCUGGAUUUUAUUAUUGACCACAACAUUUCUCUUCUUCUUUUAUCC